AUGAUCAUUGUUCUUGAUACACGUAGAAUGGAUGCUUAUAGUUUGUGGGAUUUGGUUAAGGAGAUUGGUGAGAAGGAGAAUAGUUGUGUUUUGAAUUUGGAGAUAUUGAAUGAAUUGAUUGCCUUGUUUGGGAAAAUUGGUAAAUCCAAAGCUGCUUUUGAUGUUUUUACUAAAACCGAAGAGUUUGGCUUUACUCCGAAUGCGAAAACAUAUUAUUUGACAUUGGAGGCGCUUUGUAAGCGGUCGUUUAUGGUUUGGGCAUGCUCUGUAUGUGAGAAAAUGCUUAAGAGUGGUGUGUUGCCAGAGGGAGAACAGAUGGGUAACAUCAUAACUUGGUUUUGUAAGGAAGGGAAGGCUGAAGAGGCUUACUCAGUUUACGAAUUGGCAAAGACGAAAGAGAAAUUCCCGCCUCCUAGAUCUGUGGCUACUUUGAUAAGUGCUCUUUCCAAGAACGAUGGGACUAUUACGUUUGCUCAGGAGUUGUUGGGUGAUUUGUCUGGAGAAGCUAGGCGACAAGGGAUAAAACCAUUUUCUGAUGUUAUCCAUAGUUUAUGCAGGAUGAGAAAUGUUAAAGACGCUAAAUCUUUGCUUUUGGAUAUGAUUUCUAAAGGGCCUGCUCCUGGGAAUGCGGUUUUCAAUUUGAUUGUCCAUGCUUAUUCGAAAUCUGGAGAUCUGGAUGAAGCUAAAGAGUUUUUGAAGUUGAUGGAGAGUAGAGGUUUGAAACCGGAUGUGUACACGUACACUGUCAUCAUCAGCGGUUAUGCUAAAGGAGGGCUGAUGAGCGAAGCUCAAGAGGUUCUCGCAGAGGCGAAGAAGAAGCAUAAGAAGCUAAGUCCUGUGACAUAUCACGCACUUAUCCGAGGUUAUUGCAAGAUUGAAGAAUACGACGAAGCUCUGGAACUUUUGAAAGAAAUGGAUCGUUUUGGGGUGCAGCCUAAUGCUGAUGAGUACAAUAAGCUGAUACAAUCAUUUUGCCUCAAAGCUUUGGAUUGGGAAAAAGCGGAGAUGCUCUUUGAGGAGAUGAAGCAGAAAGGCUUGCACUUGAAUGCGAUUACUCAGGGGCUUAUAAGGGCGGUUAAAGAGAUGGAAUCUGAAGCCAAGGUAACGGAAAAUGGAAACUUACUUGCUGAAGCGUAGAAUUUCGAUCCGAUACUUGUCAAAGUUCUAACAGUGUGGAUUAGCUUUGAAGAUGUUUUUUCUUGGUUUGAAAUCCCGGAAGAUACCUGGUUUGUUCUUUUGUUACUGGAAUCAUCUUUUGUACUCCAGUAUUCCCCAAUAAGCCUUUACAGUGUUCAAUCAAGGUUUUUUUAAAGCUUUUUGAUUCAAGAAGUGAUUCAGUUUACCAUGAUCAUUGUUCUGUUUGUAUUUGGUUUUCUAGUAAGAUAGCAUCUUUUGAUUUUAGCUCA